ACCUGGCCUUCUUGUCUUCCACUUGGGAAAUAAGGACUCAGUAACCAUGAAGCUCUUCAUCUUCACCUGCCUCUUGGCUGUGGCUCUCGCAAAGCACAAGACAGAGCAACAGUCCUCCAGUGAGGAAUCUGUCAGCAUCUCCCAGGAAAAAUUUAAGGACAAGAAUAUGGACACUAUUUCUAGUGAGGAGACCAUUUGUGCCUCCCUCUGCAAGGAAGCUACAAAGAACACACCUAAAAUGGCAUUCUUUAGCAGAUCUUCUAGCGAGGAAUUUGCUGACAUUCACAGAGAGAACAAAAAAGAUCAACUUUAUCAGAAGUGGAUGGUACCCCAGUAUAACCCGGAUUUUUACCAACGUCCCGUUGUCAUGAGCCCGUGGAAUCAGAUUUACACAAGACCCUACCCCAUUGUGCUUCCCACUUUGGGCAAAGAACAGAUCUCCACCAUUGAGGACAUCCUAAAGAAGACUACUGCUGUGGAAUCCUCUAGCAGUUCAUCUACGGAGAAAUCCACUGACGUAUUUAUUAAGAAAACUAAGAUGGAUGAAGUACAAAAGCUUAUCCAAAGUCUCCUGAACAUAAUUCAUGAAUAUUCCCAGAAGGCCUUCUGGUCCCAGACCCUAGAAGAUGUUGACCAGUAUCUGAAAUUUGUAAUGCCGUGGAAUCACUAUAAUACAAAUGCUGACCAAGUCGAUGCCUCUCAGGAGAGACAAGCUUGAUUCUUGGAUUAACUGUUUUUACCUUGUCUUGGUUUAACUGGAAAAUCUACCCUCUACAGUCUCUUUCUCUGCCUUUUAACUUCACGCUCCCAGCAUAUUUAGACAGACUUACAGACAAGACAGAAAUCCUGAGCCAAAGAAGACCCCACAGGGCGCCUUCGGAAUUCCAGUCUUUCUGCUGGUCCGUGUCAAAUCUGUUGGAUCCGUAUUGUUGCAUAGGAGCUGCGUUGAUAACUAAUUUAACGUGUUUCUGCAACUUUUUUUUCUGUUAAACCACAUUACUUUUCCUCGCAAAAUAAAACUCUAAGUGCAUCCCUU